CCGAUUGCAAUAUCUUGCCCAACACCGCCACUUCACCGCACAGACAGACAGUCCACUUUUAUACGUGUACCAGUCGGUUAACGGUUGCAAUAAUGCGGUGGUUGUGUUUUGUGUUAUUUGUGAACGUUGUGUUCGCGCUGAAUUCAACUGAUGAAGAUGAAACACCGCAACCGGUAUUCGACUACUACUCCAUGCCGGCUUUAUCAGAGCUGGACGACUUCGACCUAUGCAUGAGAGACCCUGAAGCGGUCUACUGCAUAGCUGAUUUGGAGUUACUAGAUGAUGAUACUCCAUUGUACCAGUACAUCAAGAAUUUCUCCUCGCUCACAUAUAAAAACUAUGAGCACUCUAAAUUGCAUCGAGGUGUGUGCGGAUCCAAACACUGUGGUCUUAAUCUAGGCCACUGGAAUGUUUCCGAUGCGACUGUAACCGCUCUUAGAGAGUGUUUCAACGCUUCUAUUUAUCAAGGAUAUGGAUUACAGGUUGAAACGCUGUCUGUCCGUUAUUGCAAGACCCCAGGCGAUUACGUACCUCCCGAUACUCUUGAUUAUAUAAUUGGAGUCAUAUUACUAGCGCUGUUAGGAGUCAAUAUGGCUUGUACUGCUUAUUACUUCUUUUGGCCCAGUGAAAAAGGAGAAGGUAACAAAUUCAUGUUGGCCUUCACAAUUCAGAAGAACUGGAAAGCUCUUAAACACGGCGGCAGCGCCGAGGGAGGACUCUUCAAAUGUUUCCAGUCCUUACGGUUUUACACAAUGGUGAUGAUCCUCGGGCUACAUUCCAUGAUCUUCAUCGGAUAUGGCUACACUGCUAACCCAGAGUUCAUCGAACAUUCCUACGACGACUUCUUCAAAGCUCUCCUGUUCAAUGCCCGUGUGAUAGUCCAGAUCUUCUUCGUAAUGGGUGGAUUCCUCAUGGCGUACAAGAUGUUCGUGUACGCUGAAACACAUCCAUUUACAUUGAAGACUGUUCCUAUGGCUCUAAUUAACAGAUGGGUCAGAUUAAUUCCCGCUGUGCUAGUAGUGAUGGGACUUGCUAUGACCUGGGUACCACAUAUGGGCUCCGGGCCCAUGUGGGACGCCGUGGUCAAGCGUGAGCGCGACAUGUGUAGAAGCAAUUGGUGGCAGUUGGUUAUAUUGAUGCCAAAUUUGUUCCCGUUCGAGCAUUUGUGUCUACCGCAGGCUUGGUACCUUGGAACUGAUACCCAACUGUUUCUCAUCACCUUAGUGAUGAUGCUUAUCAUCUGGAGAUGGCCUAAGAGCGGAGUUCCGGUGCUGAGCAUUGUGCUGGUCGUCAGUUUGCUGAUACCAUUCUUGCAGAGCUAUUUCAUGGAUUUACUGCCAAUCAGGGUUGGCAUCUUUCCGGAAUCAAUAAGGAACAUUUUUGGAUACAACGACACGUUCUACUACGCGUAUGUAUCAGCACAGGGCAACUGGACUGGCUACCACCUUGGCGUACUGACAGCGUACUUCUAUCACAGGGCACAGACUGAGAAAUGGAAUUUGGCUGAAUCCCGACUUUAUAAGCUGCUGACCCUAAUAUCAGUACCUGUAGCGCUGGGAACAGUGCUGAUGGGUUGGGACCUCCAUCACCGUAUUGCUUCUACCUUUGAAGCGGCCGUGUUCAACGCUUUGAACCAAAACUUCUUCGCUUUGGCCAUGUGCAUUUUCAUCGUUGGAUGCUUCUACAGGUGUAUCAAAGUCUACGUGGGUGCUACUGAAUGGGGCCCCUUACAGCCCCUCGGUAGGCUGUCAUACUGCGCUAUGUUGCUCCACGCCACCGUCUUGAGAACUUAUGGUGGUCAGAUGAGGAGAUCUUUCUACGCUACAGACUAUACAGCUAUUAUGCUGUUCGCUGGAAUCGUGUGCACGACAUACCUGUGCGCUCUUCCCCUCUACCUACUUGUCGAGGCUCCAGCUUGCCAACUGCAAAAACUCCUUCUAGGACCGAAGAGAAGACCUAGGAAGGACCAGGAUGAUAUCAAUGCCAAUCAAGUCAAACCUGGUAUAUCCACAGUUUCUGUUUCUACAGUUUCCACUCAUAUCUAAUUUGUAAUCAGUAUUAGAAGUACAGAUAAAUCUAUGACCAGCAGUGGGAUAUUAAUGCAUUGACGUAAUCAUCACAAAGUGGUUUCAUUAUAACUCAUCCAAACUAGUUAAAAGGAAUUUGAUUGUAGAUACGUUUACGCUGUUGCGCGCAUGAGAUAGAACGAGACAGCAUACACAGGGUCUCAUUAUCGACAACAUUUGCUGAAAAGAACAUAAAGUAGUCCAAGGGCUAGUGUUUCUUAUGUAAUACUGAUUAUAGUAGGUAUAUUUUAAUAGAAGUUAACAAAAAUAUAAACAAACAAAUAAUUGACCAGAGCAAAAGACAGAUUAUUAAUUUUUGAAUAUUGAUUAAUUAAUUGAAUACGCUGAUUCUUUUUUAAUUUCAUUUAGAAAGGCUUUCUAAACUUCUUUUUUAGUUUUAACAAAACUUCAUUAUUUUUUUUUAUUAAAUUAUAUUUAAACAAACUAUUGUGUUAUUUAAAACACAAAUUAAUAUAUAUCUUGGUUCUUGUUACCAUAUUUGAUAACCAUUUUAAUAUGUAUUUUUUUUUAAUAAUUAGAUGCUUAAAAACAAAGAAUAUAUUACUGACAAAAAUGGUCAUUUAAGACAAAUCUUUUUUUAACCGACUUAAAAAAAUAAGGGGCUUUCAAUUCGGUUGUAUUUUUUCUUAUGUUUGUUACCUCGUAAUUCCGUCAGUUCUAAACUGAUUUUGGAAUUUCUUUUUUAUCUCAAGGGGUAUACUUACAGAUUAUAUGAUUAUUUGCGGACUUUUCACAACAGAUAACAACCUUCCGAACCGUGCAGUAGAUAAAAAAAAUGACGUUUUAAAAGUGCUUGUAAAAAAGUAUAUUUGAAUAAAUAACAUUUGAAUUUGAAUUAGUCCCAUAAAGUUUCAUCAAAAUCGGUCCAAUAGUUUAUUGUUAGACCAAAAUGACUUGUUUUGUCACAAUUGAAAUUGAUCGAUCCUUUUUUUGGGACACAGUCUUUAAUUAUUAUCCUAACAUUUUACAGAUUACGUACAUACUUUGUUAUGUCAAUGAACAAACAUACUGAGAUUGUUGAAUAAAUAUAACAAAAACGUAUUGGUCUAAUACAUAAUAUUUGCACUUUUAUGACAUAAUUAAAUUUUUGUCGUUUACACAUAUUCGAGAAUGUAUGCAGUAAGUCAUAUUUUGUCAUUCGAUGCGGAGACUACUCUCAGAAUCGAACCUUAUUUAAAUAACAUUAGGUUCAAUAUUGAGAGGCCACUCCUCUAAAUCCUAUCUCUAAAAAUUUCAAUUCAAUAUCACAGCACAAACAUUAUAAGAACUAAUAUAAAGUAAUUUAGAUUUAAGUAAAAAUUGUUAUAAUUUUAAUUAAUGUUGGUCCAUAAAACAGUAAUUUCGUGAAAUUAACAAAUUAAAAUGUGAGGUUAAGAAAUAAAUUUAGACUUUGUACAAAAGUCGAUUGCUUGGGCACCUCUGUCCUAUUCGUGUUUCUACCGUGAAACAGUUGUGUUUGCAUGGCUGUGUUUCGGUUUGAAGGGUGGGAUGUGGCGUGAAUUUACAGGGUACAGAGGAAUAACAUCUGAGUCCUCAGGAAUGGCAACGCAUAAGCGUAUCAUGAUAUUUUUGGUAUUUUUUUUUCUAUUUUCUCAAAUAUGACAUGCUAUUAACAUACCACUAUUGGACAUCUUCCUCUCUCAAUUAAAAGAGAAGGAUUAAGCUAUUAUUACUGGUUACCAAGCUUAGUAUAGUUUAUUAUCGCGGCUUCCUUCACUUCCCUUGUUCUUCGAAAGACAUUGUUUUACUUAUCGCCUCUUAAAAUAUUAAACAAAAGGAUGAGAAGGAUUUUACGUUACAUACAAAAGAUUUCUUUUUUUGUUAUAUUAAAUAUUAUGAACCUGCUUUUAAUGGCAAUCAAGCAUACGGCUCGCCUGAUAAGCGGCCGUUAUUGGUGACCGUUGGCAACACAAGACGUAAUUAUCUCGCGAAUUGCCAGAUCUCGUGGCGUGAGGAUCUAGAAUUAUUAUGGACUCCAACCUUUAUAUUCCGUAGUAACAUAAUAUUAAAUCAGAUACACGAGAAUUUUAUUUUUCUAAAAUAAAAAAAAAAUACUGAUGAUUUUAAAACUUAAUGAUAUUAAAAAAUACCUACUCACAAAGCGUAGCUUUAAAAACCAAUACUCAGAGUUUAUGUACCUUAUUAUUUCUUGAAAGACGUGAUAGAAAAUACGAUAUAUUUUAUAAUAAAAUAUAUUUACAAGAUGCAUUCAAAUAGCGAAGAUAUUAAUAAAUUGAAAUUUCAUUUUACCUCGAAUUAUCUGCUUCAAUAAAUAAAAUUAACAAAUUUUAGGAACGUGAAUAAAGUCAAAUAGUUUUUUAAUCAGAAUAGACUAAUUUUGCCACGAUUGUAGCAGAUUUUUUUUUCGUGUAGCAAAAAAAUAGGAACAAAUUCUUUAUGAUGGGAAUUUAUUAUGAUGAUUUAUAAUAGAGUUAAAAAUAUUAAAGCCUUUUACGCUGUGUAAGUAAAAAUAAAUAAAUAUUAGUUUAUUAUUAGCAAACUGCCCGUCUGGAUUGGUUCAGGGUUUUAUUUCAAGCUUUCUCUUAAUUGCAUUUAUGUAAAGUGCUUUAUUCUUUUAAAUAACUAUUACUAUAUCCUGGAGACAAGGAGUGAUAACACAGUAUAUUCUUAAAUGUUUAUAUGUUUAAAUGUAUCAUUUAACUUUAUAGGUAAGUAGAUAAUAAAUACGUUUCAUACAUUCAUGUAAGUACCUAUAGAUAGCUCACUCACGAUCCGACUCGAAGGACCAAAUAAGAUCCGACUUGAAGGACCAAAACAAUACUGAGUCUAUGUACCUUAUACUGGAAUAUAAAUUAAUAAUGCAUUGAAUGGAAUUAAAAUAUCAAUUUAUUGCUUUAAUUAUUAUUUAAUUUUAUAUUAAAAUUUUAUUUGAAACGCUUACUGACAAUAAAUAAGUUUCCCAAUCAUACGAAUAUAUACUUUUAUUUAUACUUAUGCCAGAGCUUUUAAGACGAAGCAGAGAAAAAUAUUAACGUAAAUGUAAGUAAAUAGAUGGAUAUAUAAAUAGCAUUCAAUCUCUUUUAAGUAUCGAACCAAGAAGAGCUUGUAAUAUAUUAGACAAUUUUUAUAUAUACUUGUUUUUGUAAAUACAUAUAAAAUGCUCGGACCAAUACAAACAAUACAGAAUGUUUGUACAGUGCAAGAUUCGAAUCGUCCGAAAGUGAAACGAUGUGUACAGUCAAAUAUCAAGAUUGUCAUAUAUUUGUAUAUAUAUAUAUAUAUA